UUGCAUCUCGACAUGUACAGCUUCAGCAUAAUCCGCUCAAUUCCCCUCCGAUGAUCCCAAGGUCCUUCCUUCUUAUUCACUCAAACCUGCUCAUUCUCGGCUAAUCGAAUCGGGUACCUUGGGAUGUCAAAUAUCCUCGCUUCCCCUCUUCGCCCCUCUUUCUUUCUUCUUUCCUCCUCCUUUGUCCUCUUUCGACUCCUCUCAUCUUCAUCUCAUCACCGUAUUCAAUCUCGCAAGUCAGGAACCACAUCCACAUCUCCAUCUUUAAAAUGGCUGCCAAAUUCACGCUUCCCCCUCUUCCCUACGCCUACGACGCUCUCGAGCCCGUCGUCUCCAAGCAAAUCAUGGAAAUUCACCACCAGAAACACCAUCAAACCUACAUCACCAACCUCAAUGCCGCUUUGGCCGCUCAAACCAGCGCUCUCCAGUCGAACGAUGUCCCCCAGCAAAUCGCCCUACAGCAGAAGAUCAAAUUCAACGGCGGCGGUCACAUCAACCACUCUCUCUUCUGGAAGAACCUCACCCCUCCCGGAUCUCCCGAGGCCAGCCUCGACUCUGCCGCUCCGACACUCAAGGCUGCCAUUGAGGGUCGCUGGGGCUCGAUCAAGAACUUCUGUGAUGGAUUCGGUGCUACCUUGCUCGCUUUGCAGGGAAGUGGAUGGGGCUGGUUGAUCAGUUCGGGACCCAAGGGGAAGUUGGAAAUCGUCACCACCAAGGACCAGGACCCUGUCACGGGCGAUAUCCCGAUUUUCGGUGUGGAUAUGUGGGAACACGCCUAUUACCUUCAGUACUUGAACAACAAGGGCGCCUACGUCGAUGGAAUCUGGAAGAUCAUCAACUGGGCCGUUGCCGAGGACCGUUACAAGAAUGGAGUCGACGGAGCGAGUAUCUUGAAGCUGUGAUUAUCUGAGUAGUAUGCAUCCAGUAGUAGCAUGAGUAAACGCCGUUGAAAUGACUGCCAACGCAGUUGAAUGAAACAAACAAACCAAACCAAACUCCAUCGCUCAAUCUAUAUACCCAUGUAGUGCAGUGCAAUAUGCAAUAAAUCAAUCAAACCCAACAAUCCCUGUCCCUAUCCCUACACCUCCCGCAGAGAUGGUAACCUGUCUCCCCACAAUCCCCAUCUCAGACACCCCAAGAUCCAACCUCUGCGGUAAUUCAAACUCCAAGCUUUUAUUCGGAUUCAGCUGGAAUGUAUGCAGUGGUGUCCCCAGUGCCGAAGUGAGGUCACCGUGUCGUCUGUUUACAUCAGUACACCAUCACCAAACAUACAACGACAACGAUAAAUAUAGAAAGGG